AACAAAAACAAUGGUGACAACUAUCUAUAAAUAGGCUAAGAUAUUUCAUUAUCAUUUCAUCACAUGUGAUCACCUAUACAUUGAUCAUCCCCACAAGAAAAAAGAAGUUUUCAAGAAAGCUUGAAUUGUUUUAAUCCAGAAUGGCUUUUCACCUCCUCACAAUUAUCUUAGUCAUCGUUGGUCUGCUUUCUUCCUUUGGUUCUUCCUUUGAUCCAAGCCCAUUUCAGGACUUUUGUAUUGCAGCUAAUGAAUCCAAGGCUGCAGUAUUCGUGAAUGGGAAAUUUUGCAAAGAUCCAAAACUCGCCACAGCAGACGAUUUCUUUCUUGCAGGACUUAACGUUAGUGGAAAUCCUUUACCAGGAUUGGGAUCAUCUGUAAAUUCGGUAGAUGUAAAUCGACUUGCAGGACUCAACACUCUUGGCAUUUCAAUGGUUCGUGCUGAUUUUGCACCAUAUGGCCUAAUUCCACCCCACACACACCCUCGGGCCACUGAGCUUAUUGUUGUCAUAGAGGGCACUCUUUAUGUUGGAUUUUUGGCACCUGACACUACAAAUCCAAUGAAGACUCGAUCUUUUACAAAAAUAUUGAGUAAAGGGGAUGUAUUCGUGAUCCCACAAGGAUUAAUUCACUUUCAGUAUAACGUUGGACAUACGAAUGCAACUGUUUUUGCUGCUUUUAAUAGCCAAAAUUCUGGGCUAAUUGUGGUUGGGAGUGAACUCUUUGGAUCAAAUCCACCACUUGUGGAUGAUGUUCUUUCAAAAGCAUUCCAAUUGGACAAGAAAAUGGUUGCAACACUUCAAGGAUUGUUCUCCUAGAAAACAAGAAAAUUUUGUGUGUUAGAAAAUAAUAUGUAUACGUGUGAGUUCAUUGGUUGUUUUUUUAAAUAUAUGUAUUUGCUAUCGAUUUUGUGAUGCUUCAGAGAUAACUUAAAAAGGAAGAAAAUAAAGAUCAGGUGAGAACAUCUGGAAUAGUGGCGUUGAUGUUACUUUGUUACCAUCCUUUGUUCUUUGAACCUUUUUGAGUUUUGGAAUAAUUAAAUAUUACUAUUGUUGCUUUUUGA